AUGGCACAGGUUCAGGUUCAGGGGCAAAAUGGAAGUGUUAACAGUGGAGCAGGAGGAGGGAAUAACCAGUUUGUAACGACGUCGCUCUAUGUUGGGGAUUUAGAUUUGAGUGUGACGGAAACCCAGCUUUAUGAGUACUUUACCCAGAUGGGUCAAGUGGUCACGGUUCGGGUUUGCAAGGAUUUGUCAACCCGCAGGUCUCUUGGUUAUGGCUAUGUCAACUAUAGCAACCCUCAAGAUGCUGCAAGGGCAUUGGAUCUUCUGAAUUUCACUCUUCUGAAUGGAAAGCCUAUCCGUAUUAUGUAUUCCAACCGCGACCCUAGUCUCCGUAAGAGUGGCGCUGGGAAUAUAUUUAUCAAGAAUUUAGAUAAGGGAAUUGACCACAAAGCUUUGCAUGAUACAUUUUCUGCAUUCGGAAACAUUCUCUCUUGCAAGGUAGCCACAGACUCCUCUGGCCAGUCAAAAGGUUAUGGCUUUGUCCAAUUUGACAAUGAGGAAUCUGCCCAAAAAGCAAUAGAGAAGUUGAAUGGUAUGCUGUUGAAUGAUAAGCAAGUCUAUGUGGGCCCCUUUGUUCGCAAGCAGGAAAGAGACACUGCUAUUAGCAAGACAAAAUUUAACAAUGUCUAUGUAAAGAAUCUCUCAGAAUCAACAAGUGAUGAAGAUUUGAAGAACAUUUUUGGCGAAUUCGGUACAAUCACUAGUGCUGUAGUGAUGAGGGAACCAGAUGGGAAAUCCAAGUGCUUUGGGUUUAUUAACUUUGAGAAUGCAGAUGACGCUGCUAGAGCUGUUGAGUCCCUCAAUGGAAAGAAAUUUGAUGAUAAGGAGUGGUUUGUUGGGAAAGCUCAAAAGAAAUCUGAAAGGGAAGUUGAACUGAAACUUCGAUUUGAGCAGACCAUGAAAGAGGCAGCUGAUAAAUUUCAAGGAGCAAACUUGUAUGUUAAGAAUUUGGAUGAUAGCAUAAGCGAUGAAAAUCUUAAAGAGCUAUUCUCUCAAUAUGGAACCAUAACAUCAUGCAAGGUUAUGCGAGACCCUAAUGGAAUAAGUAAAGGAUCAGGGUUUGUUGCAUUUUCAACUCCAGAAGAAGCAUCUAGAGCUCUUGUGGAGAUGAAUGGCAAAAUGAUUGUUAGCAAACCUCUGUAUGUUGCACUAGCACAAAGAAAGGAAGAUAGGAGAGCCAGGUUGCAGGCUCAAUUUUCUCAAAUGCGACCGGUUGCAAUGCCACCUUCAGUUGCACCUCGUAUGCCAAUGUACCCACCUGGUGGUCCAGGUCUUGGGCAGCAAAUAUUCUAUGGCCAAGCACCUCCUGCUAUUUUUCCACCUCAGCCUGGAUUUGGAUAUCAACAGCAGCUUGUCCCUGGUAUGAGGCCUGGUGGGGCUCCCAUGCCAAAUUUCUUUGUACCGAUGGUUCAGCAAGGCCAGCAGGGUCAGCGUCCUGGUGGCAGAAGGGCUGGGGCUGUUCAGCAAAGUCAGCAACCUGUUCCAUUAAUGCAGCAGCAGAUGCUACCCCGAGGGCGGGUCUAUCGUUAUCCACCAGGGCGUGGUCUACCUGAUGUUUCAAUACCUAAUGUUGCUGGAGGCAUGCUUUCUGUUCCAUAUGAUAUGGGUGGCAUGCCAAUGCGUGAUGUGCCACUUUCUCAGCCAAUUCCAAUAGGAGCCUUGGCCUCAGCACUUGCAAAUGCUAGUCCUGAUCAGCAGAGAAUGAUGCUGGGGGAGAAUCUCUAUCCGCUUGUUGAACAGCUUGAGCCUGAUGCGGCAGCUAAAGUUACAGGGAUGCUUCUGGAGAUGGAUCAGACUGAGGUUUUGCACUUGCUUGAGUCACCAGAAGCUCUAAAAGCCAAGGUUGCAGAGGCAAUGGAGGUUCUGAGGAGUGUUGCUCAGCAGCAGCAGACUGGUGAACAACUGGCCUCAUUGUCAUUAAGUGACAACCUUGUCUCCUGAGAUUGAAUGCAUGCGAGGGUCUUGUCUCCUUAAACAGCAUGGUAGUGUGUGGCCUUUGUUGAGUUCAAAUGAGUUGUGCUUCGGUAGGAGGUUUUGAUUUUAAUACCUUUUCAGAGCUUUGGAACUUUGGUACCAUUACUUUCAUGCUUUUAUAGUUUAUUGCUAUAUGUGGAGUAUUAUGCACUUUCACUGCUUUAUACAUGUUGGAUUGAAUUGAUUGUGUGCCUUUGGGAUGAAAAAUUUUGCA